GUCACUCCUUUGCUAGCAUUCCAUCUCUCCAACCAAAAAGCCAUUAUCAACACGCCCCCCCCCCCCCCCCCCCCCCCCCCCCCCCCCCCCCCCCCCCCCCCACAACCCCCCGGGCGCUCUCUCUCUCUAGGUUUUCUUUCUUUCCUUUCCGGAGAAACCUUACCUGAACACAGAGUCAAAAUUGCAGCCGAAAGAAGUAAAACCCACCAAGUUACCCAUUUCUCUACACAGACAGGGACUGUAUAGUUUGGGGUUCUGAAUGGAAUUGGAUAGCAUUGAAUGCAUAUCGUCGUCGGAUGGUAUGGACGAAGAUGAGAUCCACCAUCUUCUUCACCCUCAGUUUCAAUCUUCCAAGCCCAACAACGUCGUCUCCCCUGCGAUCCAUCCAACCACAAGUGUCCAUGAGCUUCUUGAAUGUCCCGUCUGUACCAAUUCAAUGUACCCUCCAAUUCACCAGUGUCAUAAUGGGCACACCCUCUGUUCAACGUGUAAAGCUAGGGUGCACAACCGCUGCCCCACUUGUAGACAGGAGCUUGGUGAUAUAAGGUGUCUAGCAUUGGAAAAGGUCGCAGAAUCGCUUGAGCUGCCUUGUAAGUAUUGCUCUCUUGGGUGCCCUGAGAUCUUCCCCUAUUACAGCAAGCUUAAGCACGAGACCGUAUGUAACUUCAGACCAUACAACUGCCCGUAUGCGGGAUCAGAAUGCUCGGUUGUUGGGGAUAUUCCAUACCUGGUUAAUCAUCUUCGGGAUGAUCACAAAGUAGACAUGCACUCCGGAUGCACAUUCAACCAUCGAUAUGUGAAGUCUAACCCAAGGGAGGUUGAGAAUGCCACAUGGAUGUUAACAGUUUUCAAUUGCUUUGGGCAGUACUUCUGCCUCCAUUUCGAAGCUUUCCAGCUGGGGGUGGGCCCUGUGUAUAUGGCAUUUCUACGGUUCAUGGGCGACGAGACGGAGGCCCGGAACUACAGCUACAGCUUGGAGGUCGGGGGAAACGGCCGGAAACUCAUCUGGGAGGGCACUCCGAGAAGUAUAAGGGACAGUCACCGGAAGGUUCGGGACAGCCAUGACGGGCUCAUUAUACAGCGGAAUAUGGCCCUCUUCUUCUCUGGAGGCGACAGGAAAGAGCUGAAGCUGCGCGUUACGGGUCGCAUUUGGAAGGAACAGCAGAACCCGGAUGGCGGGGCUUGUAUUCCAAACCUCUGUAGCUAAAUAUAUAUAUAUAUAUGUAUGUAUUUUAUAUGGGUGAUGAUGGAGAAAUGCUGACACUUGUUGGUAUUGUGGAUGUUGUUCGCUGGUGCUGGAAGUAGUUUUUGCUUUCUUGGUGGUGUUCAAUAAAAAAGUUGAUUUUGCUUUGCUUGGUUUUAA